CCUCUGCUUCCUGACCAACCCUACUGCUUCCCCAUAUGGCCCUGUAUGGCAUGGCAUGCCCCCUUCUCUUGGCAACUGACAUUUAUGAUUAUUGAAGCCAUGAAACUGAAUGAAGAUUGCCAACAGUGAGGACAUUGCAUGAGAAGAGAGAGGACCCAGACAGAAGAGGCUCUAUUUAACGGUUCAAUAAGAAAGAGAAGCCUACAAAGGGGUCAUCAAAAAAGGCUGCCACGUUCUGUCCAUGGGUGUUUCACUCCCUGGAGUCGUGCAGUGCAGAGCAUGAAGGACUAUACGAGUUGACCCUUUCCAGAAAUAAGCAGCUAAACAUUUACCAUUUUGGAGUUUAAAGUAUGUCGUCAUGGCAAAGUUUCGAAGAAAGACUUGCAUCAUUUUGUCACUUUUUAUUCUAUUUAUCUUCUCUCUGAUGAUGGGUUUAAAAAUGCUGAGACCAAAUAAAGCUACUUUUGGAGAUCCUUUUGGACUGGACCUUCUUCCAGAACUUCGUCAACAAUCUCACUUGGGGAAAAGUUUUGAUUCCCAAAAGAGUGACAAAAUCAACAGUGAAACAAAUGUCAAGAAUUUAAAAAGUGUUGAAAUCACUAUAAAAGCUUCCAAAGCUUCUGAACCUAACCUGGAAGAACAGCCACCUCUGAAUUAUUAUUUACAUGUAUUUUAUUACAGUUGGUAUGGAAAUCCACAAUUUGAUGGUAAAUAUGUACAUUGGAACCAUCCAAUCCUGAAGCAUUGGGAUCCUAAAAUAACCAAGAAUUAUCCACAAGGGAAACACAAUCCCCCAGAUGACAUUGGCUCCAGCUUUUACCCUGAGCUGGGAAGUUAUAGCUCUCGGGAUCCUUCUGUCAUUGAAACUCACAUGAAACAAAUGUACUCAGCUUCAAUUGGUGUACUAGCCCUGUCUUGGUACCCACCCCAUUCAAAGGAUGAGAAUGGAGAACCUACUGAUGACUUGGUACCAGGUAUUUUGGAUAAAGCUCAUAAAUAUAAUCUGAAGGUCACUUUUCACAUCGAACCAUAUAGCAAUCGAGAUGAAAACAACAUGUACAGAAAUGUCAAAUAUAUUAUAGACAAGUAUGGGAAUCAUCCAGCCUUUUACAGGUACAAGACUAAGAACGGCAAUGCACUUCCUAUGUUUUAUGUCUAUGAUUCCUAUAUCACAAAGCCUGAAAAAUGGGCCAAUCUGUUAACUGCCUCAGGGUCUCAGAGCAUUCGCAAUUCUCCUUAUGAUGGAUUGUUUAUCGCACUUCUUGUGGAAAACAAACAUAAAUAUGAUAUUCUUCGAGGUGGUUUUGAUGGAAUUUAUACGUAUUUUGCCACAAAUGGCUUUACUUAUGGCUCAUCUUAUGAGAAUUGGGGUAGGCUAAAAUUCUUUUGUGAUCAAUUCAACCUAAUGUUUAUCCCAAGUGUGGGCCCAGGAUACAUAGAUACCAGCAUCCGUCCGUGGAACGCUCAAAACACUCGGAACCGAGUCAACGGGAAGUACUAUGAAACCGCUCUGAGUGCCGCGCUCCAAGCCCAGCCCUCUGUGAUUUCUAUCACCUCCUUUAAUGAGUGGCAUGAAGGAACUCAGAUUGAAAAAGCUGUUCCCAAAAGAACCAGUAAUACAGUGUACCUGGAUUACCGGCCUCAUAAACCAAGUCUCUAUCUGGAACUAACUCGCAAGUGGUCUGAAAAAUACAGUAAAGAAAGAGCAACUUACGAGUUAGAUCACCAGCUGCCUGUUUCUUAAUGCGUUGAGUAAAGUUUAUUAAUUAUAGAAAUGACCUAAUUUCAAUAAAUGCCUUUUGUUCUGAGUUAUGGAAAGAAAACUGUCAAAAUCAGUAUGCACUGGAACUAUUGUCUUUAAUAAAAAUAAUUUGUACUUUUUUAAAGGUAGUAAUAUUGUCACUGCCACCCUUCACAAUGCUGCAGUGAGAAGAUGAGAGUUGUGCGGAUAACAUUCCCUGUGGCACGAGUUGCUGAAUUUCUGAUUGAAAGUGAAAUCCUGCUUUGAUAGUAGUUUAAUUUUUUUUUCACAACAGAUAAAUGCUUGUGUUACCGAAAGUAGCUAGCACACAGUUAAAUCCUACUUGUAUUCUGGGCCCAAAGAAAUAGGAUUGUGUGUAUAUUUGGUAUGUCUAUUGAAGAAAAAAGACCUGAAAGAUAUUGUACGUUUCAUUUCUAAUUUUUUUUCAAUGAUUCCAUCAGCUUUGUUGUAUUAGUGUUCAAGCUCUAUCUAGGUAACUCUCCAAUAAUAAUUCUUAAGAAGAAUAGAAUCACGUACCUUAAGCUGUGAACUAUAUUGUGUUAGGAAGGCCUGCUUUCUGCAGCAUAAUAUGUAUCAUCAUUGGCAGAUUUGGGUUACCCAUAGCAUGCGAGGUGUUUUGCAUGUCUAAUGUUUCUGCUUUGUAUGCUAAAUUUUAGAUUCUGGAAGCUGUGGAAAGUUUCUUCAUAAAAGUUACCUACUGCUUCUCAAUUAUUAAGAAAACAUAAUUGUUUCAUAAUUAUUAUGAAGAUAAAAUGCCCAAAAUGUUAUCAUUUUUGGGAUACCUUAUCAAUCUUUGACUACUCUAUUAUUCGUGUUACCUUAUCAAUCUUUAACUUACUCUGUUAUUCAUGUUUUUAAAUUUAAUGUUAAUCAGAGACCAACUGUAAGAUAAGAAAGAAGCUGAUACUAUCAUUGGAUUGCCUUCUUUUAAUAUUUUAAGCUAUUUUUACCAAGAGUAAUAGAGAAAACUUACUUAUUAGCAUUUUAGAUUUUAGGGAAAUGGAAAUGAAAAUUCCUUUAUAUCAUAAAUUCAUUCCUGAAGUUUGACUUUUGUUUAACCUUUAAUGAUGGAAAUAAAAUUUCAUUUAAAAGAUAAUACUUUAUUUUAUAUAAUAAUAUCCCUAUUUAAAAACAUUAUACUUUUAUGAUACCUAUCAUGUAAAAUACUUGUGAUCAAUUAUUGGUCAUAUUGUGACAAAUUAAUCACCUAAUGCCAAAAAUGAAUCUCUUUACCUUAAAAACUAGAGAAUAAAAUGCAUUCUAUCAUUGUUAAUACUUGCAACUAGAACUAUAGUAAAAAAAUUGAAUAUAUAUGCAUGCAUAUUAUUUCUUAGAUAUUUAAUUUAUCAAUGAGAAGCAAUAGGGUAAUACUAAACAAUAAUACUAUAAAUCUUUAGAGAAUAAAGGCAUUCAUUCAGAAACAAAUUAGCAGUGGAAUUUAUUAUAAAAUAGCCCAUCAGAUGUUGAAACUUAUUUUUGAGCAGUAGUUUUGAAGUAAAAUAUCAUGUCUUUGAAAAGAGGCCUGAUUAAUGUUAAACUUAUUUAUAACUUAAGAAUUUGCCAUUUCUCGGAGAAUGAUCAGGCCACAGGAAAUUAGUACAAUAUUAAUAAUCUACUUUCUAGAGGAAAUUACAAGAAUAAAUCACUAUGAGGACAUAAAACCAAGUAUGUUCAUAGAAACAAUCAUACAGAUAUAACCUGUGUAUUUUUUUUUCUUAUGUCCAGUUAGCCAUUAUAUGUUAUCUUAGGGAUAAACUCUAAAUAUGUCAUACCUAAUCUUUUAUAACAUACAAUAUUUUAUUAAAGUUUAGUUAACGAACUA